UACCAGAACAGAGAACACUUCAUAUCUCAUUUAAAACCGAAUGCUAAAACUCUUUUAACUUUCUGUGUGUAAGAAGCCUUGUGAAGUUCUAUCUACCAUUUAUUCAAUAACUCCUCAUUCACGUUGCUGCUUACACUUGUUCAAAUCACAUUCUUAAGAUGAUUUUGUAGGUAGGUAGUGAUGGACUCAAAUUAAGUGAAUAUGGAGAUUCCAACUAAACACCUUCCGACAGGUGAAGCAGCAGUUGAAGAAAUUGAUAUGAUUAGCGCAUUACACGAAAAUAUUCUUGGCCACAUCCUAUCUUUCAUUCCAAUCGUAGACGCCGUUCACACUAGCGUCUUAUCAAGAAGAUGGAUUGAAGUUUGGAAAUUCAUAACAAGCCUAAAGUUUGAUGAUAGUUUGCUUCAUCAUGAGAAAAAGAUGCCAAAACAACAGUUUGUGGAUUUUGUUGAAAAAGUACUUUUUCAGCUUACAAAUUCAAACAUCCAAAGUUUCUCUCUUUGGUUAACUAGUUAUCAAUAUGAUGCAUCUCUGAUAACUGCAUGGAUUUCAUUCAUCUUAGGAAGAAGAGUUCAAAAGCUUCAUAUUCAGUAUGCUGAUAAAGUUUUUCUUUCUUCAAAUUUACUCUUUACCUGCGAUUCUUUAGUAGAGUUGGUGCUUCAAAUGAAAUGUAUUCUUAGUCUACCGAAAUCUGCUUCUCUCCAAAAUCUUCAAAAACUAAGCAUUUCCGGGAUUAAAUUAGUGAGUGAUUCAUCCGAUUGUUCAAAAGACAUAACUCUUAAUUUCCCGAUUCUCAAAGUGUUUGAAGCUAGAGGAUGUGAAUGGUUAACUACGCAGAACAUUAGUUUACAAGUACCUUUACUUGAGAGGUUUUCAAUUGCUAUAUGGAACCGUCAUUCAAAUGAGUCAAGUGAAUAUGCUAUCAAGGUUUAUAGUCAACGUCUAACGGAUUUCACUUAUGAGGGUGAUCUUGAACAAGAUAUCAUUCUAUGUGAUUCUUCGUUGAUUCAUAAUGCUUCUAUUGUGAUUGUAGUUGAUGAAGACAAAGAGAUCAGAGUGGAAAAACUUGGGUUUCAGGCAUGUAAUCUUCUCAGACAAAUCCAUGACGUGGAACGACUAAAAUUAUUGUUUUACAAGGUUUUAAGACAUGCUAGAGAUAUUUUCGCCAAUCUGCCUGUUUUUGGAAGGUUGACAUAUCUGGAACUAAAUGAAGUCAAUGGUGAAGCUUUGUUGCAAUUACUCAACAAUUCACCAGUUCUUGAUACUCUUGUUUUGCUUAAUGGAUUAGCUGACUCAGAUAAAGAUGUUUUCACUUCUGCAAUGGUUCCCCAAUGCUUUCUGUCAAGCUUCCAAGUAUUUCAGUUUAAUGGUUUUAAUGCAAACGAGCACGAUCUUUGUCUCAUAAAAUUCAUUCUAGAAAAUGCAACAAUGUUGGAGAAGAUGAAAAUAUCACCGGCUUUCUGGCUGCGAUAUGCAGAUAUUGAUUUGGAAAAAGUUAAGGAGAAGAUACUCUCAUUAGAAAAAUGUUCUAACUUUUGCAUGAUAGAGUUUUUUGAUAUCAGUGGUUCAUGAAGAUUUUUAGAAUCCACAAGAAUAUUCUUGCAAAGAAUGUUUAAUGUUUAGUGUGUCUAGUUUUCUUGUCAUGCAAAAUUGUAAGAGGGUUUCUAGCAGUGAUUAUUUAUCAUUGGGAUUAGAAUUGUAUUUAGAAUAUUCUCAAU